CUCAUUCGACAGCAAUCACCGUCCACCCCAACACCAGCGGCACCCAAUGACCCAACCCGUCCCAAACAAAAACCACGGCGGCGCCCCCUCCGAGACGCCGGCACCACACGCACGCCGCCGCUACGGCCUACGGCGGCUGCCUCUCCGUCUCCUAGUCCUAGCCCGUACGCCACCCUCCCUCCUCCUCGUGCGUGGUCGGCGUCUCCACCUCCGCACCAGACCACCACACACCACCACCAUUCCAAGUUCCAACCGCCCUUCUCCUUCCUUCUCUCCUGUCUUGUUCGUUGCCGCCAAAGAGGGACAAGGAAGAAGCGGCGUAGCAGGAGCCGUACCGAGUACCGACUCUCGACAUGGCUUCAGCCGCGGCCGCGUCGCGCCCACCGGCGCCGCCACCGCCCCCGCCGCCUCCGCCUCCGCAGCCUGCGGCGGCGGCGGUGCAGUGGCUGGGGCCGCGGGUGUCGUUCAGCCUCGAGGACGCGGGCGGAGGGGGGAGGGAGGCGGCGGCGGCGGCGGGAGGGAAGACCGGGCCCGGCGCCGGCGCCGACUUCGAGUUCCUCCUCGGCGGGUGCGCGGCCGCGUCCAUGCUCCCCGCCGACGAGCUCUUCUCCGGGGGCAAGCUCGUCCCGCUCCGCAUCCCCGCGCCACCGGCGGAGGAGGAAGCGGUGGGGGCGGCGACGGCGGCGCAGACGACGGCUCUGCCGCCGAAGCACGCACAGCCGCCGGCCCCGGCGUCGGUGGCGGCGCAGCAACCGGAGGAGGCGAAGGGCGUGGCGGUGGUCGGCGUCGAGGAGCCCAAGAUCCCGGCGCGGAGGUGGCGGGAUCUCCUCCGGCUACGCAAGCAGCAGGCGUCGUCGGGGUCGGCGGCGGCGAGUGCGUCGUCGGAGCCGAGGCCGCUGCGCCGGCUGCUCCGCCGCGGGCCGAAGCCGCCGGAGCCGGAGCCGUCCCUGAGCCUGCCGCUGCUCCGCGAGGUCGGCCCCGACGAGCCGGACAAGACCGCCGAGAAGGCAACGCCAGCCCCCGCGCCGGCGCCGAUCUCGGCGACCCCAACGCCGCCGGCACCACCACCAGCGUCCCAGCAGCACCAGAACCUGCCUCCGAAGAUCCGCCUCCCCCCAUCUCAGCAGGCGGCGGCGGCGGCGCCCCCGCCGCCCCCGCCGCCUCCCCCUCCGGCGGUCGUCGCGGCCGACAGCCCGCGCCUGAACGCGGCCGGCAAGGUGGUGUUCAACGGGCUGGGGCGGAGCUCCAGCAGCCCGAGCAGCCUCGCCGGCGGGCGGCGCGGCCACCGCGCGGGCGGCGCCAUGGAGCGGUCCUACUCGGCGCACGUCCGCGUGGCGCCCGUGCUCAACGUGCCCGUCUACUCCCUCCGCGGCUCCCGCAAGUCCGUCUCCGUGUUCGGCAUCGACCGCCUCUUCUCCCCGUCCGCCGCGGCCGCCGCCUCCUCCUCCUCGGGCGCCCCUUCCUCCGCCGGCGGGACCAAGAAGAACAAGGCCGCGAAGAAGGACGUGCCCGCCGCCGGCGCCGCUCCUCAGUAACUUCUUGUUACCAUCGCCAUUGACGAGCUCGCUCUUCCGUUGAAAUCAACCUCGUGCUUGAUCUUGCGACGCGUGAUCAGAGUGGUUAGCUAGUGCUUCUUGCGGACAAACCGGGCGGUUAAUCUGGCAUGUAAAUACAGGCGAGUGAGUGUUGAAUCGGAUGAUGAAUCCGUGAGUGAACGGGCAAGUGAGCUUUUUGCCGUUUUUUACUUUUAUUACAGUGUUCUCUUUGGCUGCUUGCAUAGUGCUGUCUGAUGUUGAGCUCGUUGCAUCGGAAUUCGUGAGCAUUUUUUGUGGUGUGCUCGUGCUGGGAAAAGCCGGCUGGAUGAAGCUUUUGGUGCUUU